GAAUUUGUAAUAAAUAGAGAAAUGGGAGAUAAAGAUGAAAAGGGAGAUAAACAGAAGAUAAAAAUAACAAGAUUGAUAAUAUUAAUCUUAUCAGCUCUUUUAUUAUUUGGAAAUAAUUAUUCUUUUGACAACCCUUAGGCAUUACAAUCUUAAAUAAUGGAAGAAGUGCAUAUUUCAUUGACAGAAUUUAAUUACUUAUAUUCUUUUUUUAGUUUACCAAAUAUCUUACUAACAUUAAUAGGUGGAUACAUAAUAGAUAGAAUUGGUAUUGAAUAUAAAUAGAGUUAGGUUGUCGAAAGAGUAUACUAAUAUUUGCAUCAUUAGUUACCGUUUCUUAAAUUAUUAUAGCAUUUGGUGGUAAAUAUAAGAGCUUUAACUUAAUGUUAAUCGGUAGAGUAUUUUUAGGUGUAGCAAGUGAAAAUUUGAUUAUAUCAUAAAAUGUAAUAAUUACAGCAUGGUUUAAAGGACAUCAAUUAUCAACUGUAAAUAUAAUUCUUUAUAUUAGGCAAGUGGAUGUAUAGUUACAUUACCAGAAAUAGCAGCAGCAUUAAAUUCUUAUUUUUCACCUAUGAUCUAUGAUUAUACAGGAAGUAUCACAUAUCCAUUGUUUACAAGUGUUCUUGUAUGCUUCUUUUCACUUUUAUGUGCAUUUUUAUUAUUAUUUUUUGAUAAAUCUAGAGAAUCAAUUUUAUCAUAAGAAAAAUUAGAAAAAUCUACUAUCUCUAGUAAUGAUGAAACACAUGACAAUUUAAAUGAUAAUUAAUAAAAUAAAUAAAAUAAUAUUCAUGCUGAAAAAGCUAGAUUAUAAGAAAUUAAGGAAUUUCCAGCAUUAUAUUGGUAUUUAACUGCUAUUUGUACAUUAUGUUUGGGAAUAUAUAUCUCCUUUAUGGAUGAUGUAAGUGAUUAUUAUCAAAAGAAAUUCUAAUUUAAAGCUGUUGAAGCUGGAAAAUUUAUUACUAUUCCUUAUAUAUUUAGUGCUUUAUUAUGUCCAUUUAUCGGAUAUUAUAUUGAUAAAGUUGGUCAUAGAAGAUUUUUCUUAAUGAUUACAUCUUCUCUAUUUAUUAUAGCUUAGAUAUUAUUUGGAUCUGUUCAUGUUGCUAGCAAUGACAAAUGGAUUGCUGCUAUACCAUUAAUUAUUUAAGGUUUGGCAUUUACUUGUUAUUCUUGUGUAAUGAUACCUUGUGUAUAAUAUUUAGUAGAUUAAAAAUAUAUGGGAACAGCAUUUGGAAUAUUAGGUAUGUUUGAAUCAAUUGCUUUAUGUUGUUUCCCACUUAUUGCUAGUAAAAUUGUUGAAUCUGCAGAAGAUCUAUAAACUGGAUAUAAAAAUAUGUCACUUUUCUAUUCUAUUUUAGGUAUCAUCAUUUCAUUAUUUUAGGUCUAUUUUCUUUGUUUUUAUGUAUUGCACUUUAUCAUUAUGAAUCAUCAAACAAAUUAGAUUUUAUAGAUCCUAAUAAUCCAUUACCAGAAGAAAUACGUAAACUAAAUGAAUAUAGUAUGAUCACUGAAGAAAAGUGUUCUGUCUCAGAAGAUAAAUGAUCG